AUGGCACCCAAGAAAUUGGUCUCUCGUCCUCCCAAGUCCGACGUCGCUGCGGCUCAAGGAUCGGCACUGUCAGCGCUGAACUGCGCCAUACCAGUGAACCCCUUCUUUUUCGCCACCAUUUUGGGCAUGAAGGAAGAGGAACAGACAGCUGAUCCUGCUCCAGGGGAAGAGCAACGAGUGGUUGAUCCUCCUACAACGAGAGCAGCGGGGAAACGAAAACUUUCUGUAGAUGAAGCCGGCAAGUAUGAUAAGCAGAUUCGUCGGAAACUACUGGUUGAUUCUCCCCCCAAAGGCCAACAAAAAUCCAAGUUGAUGGCUGAUGCCAUCAGAGCUGCUGUAGAUGAAGAACAACAGGAAUCGUCCGUGGCGGGCCUGCCACAUAGAGCUGGACUUCGUUCUCAUAGCCCAGCCCUAUCAAGCGAAGCUUCUUCUUACCAUCCUCCCGAAGGCGAAGAGGACGAAUUAUUGGCUGCAGAUGCAGAAUCUGCUCCAGUGAUGGACCUUCCUAAGUCUCCUGCAUUAGAGCCAUGGGGUCUUGAUGAGAAUCCAUCCCCUCCUCCUUCAGUAUUAAUGUCGCAAGCUGGUGAUUUAAUUCCUAGUCCUACAACAGGACUAAUGAAGAGAUCAGCUGCUGGCACAAAUCUUCCUGAACCCUCGGCUACUCGAGAUGAUGAGGAGCGAGUUGAUUAUGAAGGCUCCUCGAUUGGUGGUGUAGCUGACGAAGAUAGAGAUGAUGAGGAUGCUGACGUUGGCAAUAUGCCAGAUGGUGGUUCACCUUCUCCAGGGACCACUGCUGCUACUACUUCAGAGCAAGAACCUGCGCAGAUGUCGGCUCCUUUAGAAGAGCAACAUUUACCUGGCUCUCCUACGGCAACUGUUCCACCUGCAGCAUUGCCUGAAACUACUGCCGCAACUCCUCCUCCGGAACAGCAGCUUGUGCUGGUGUCAGCUCCUAUGCAAGAGCAGCCCCUGCCUACCUCAUCCACUGUAGCUGCUUCACCUACAGCAUUGAUGAAGAUCUCGCUUGCGCCCACAGAGGCCGGACCAAGCGCGUCUCCGGCGAGGACAAUGAUGGCUUUGACUUCAAGUCCUUCGCAAUUGAAUGUUUCAGUUGCCUCCGCGACUUCUACACCCAAAUCACUUGUUAAUCCAUACCUCCUGAGGACCAAGAGGAUGAAUUAA